AUGGACCGAGGAAAUCAACCCACUAUGUUCACCCCAGGACACAAUAUUAAUGCUACGUUGCCCAGUAUUAAGUCUAGACCGCACGGCGAAUAUAAGACGCAACUAGCGGCGUCCCCCGAAGAUAUUCCUGAGGAGCCAACGCAUUAUUCAAGUGGCUAUUCGAUUAAUGAGCCAUCUCAUAGUUCAAGUGAUAGAUCAACGGCUGGUCCAAAGGGCGGUCCACAGGAUAUUUCAAAGGAUGGCUCAGCUCAUAGUGGCGCACCACUCAUGACUGAUAACACUCAGCUAACGGAACGAGAUGAGCGAAGACCUUCAUCCUCUAACGUAGGAAAUAAAGGUCACCGUCCAUACAAUUGGGGAAAAGCGGCACGUGGGUGUUGGAAGUCCAUGAAGGCGAAAUUUCCCUUGGAUAAGAGCAAGAAGAAUGCGCCGGAGGAUAAGGGACAGAACGCCCCGCCUCUACCGCCUCGCCCGGCUACUCAACUUGCUAAUAAUGCAAAUUCGUUUUGGUCAGUCGAACUUAUAGUGGCUACAAGCCACACUACGGUUCCACCACCCCGAAAACGCACUCCAACCAUUCCGCUGAGCUCCAAUCCGGUACCACCCGAUUUCGAGCCACCACGGCGCAUCGCUUCCUCCCCUCAGCCCUUACGUGGGAAUAGAAGUGGAGUGGAUACGCGUGAUUGGGCGAAACACCCUUCAGAGUGA